AUGUCAAAAAGAAAUUCUGAAGAUAAUGAUUGUGAUGAUAAUAAUAGACAGAACAAAAGAAAUAAAAAUCAAGGUUACUGUCGUUUAAUACCUUGUUCAAGUGGAGAGUUGGAUAGUACACGUGCGCUAUCGAUUGCCAAUGGGAUUGCAGAGUCGGUGGAGAAAAGAGAUGACGAAACCAUAAUCUCACAUUGGAUUGACGGUUUGGUUGAGAAUUACCCAGCGAAUUUCAUUCAACAUGUAUUGGGAUUUCUUAGUUCCGAACAAUGUAGAUAUGUCUACCGGUUGUGGAGUGACACAACAUGCACGGAAAGUGAAGAGUCAACAGCGUGCCGCCAGACUGUCGCCACUGGAAACCGACCAGUUGAUACCGGUGUUUCUUGCGUCCACUGGCGAUACCAACUCGCUGUUCCUCAAGAGAAAGUCGAUUGA